AUGGAACUCAUCGGCUGGUUGCUUAUAGCCUCGGCUGCCUUAGACCUUGUGUCCGCCAAGGAGCUUUGGUCGUCAAAGCCUGCGAGUUAUACGAAACAGGGGAGUGCAGAGUAUCUCCUGAGAACUGGCUAUCCUGUCGGAAACGGAAAACUGGGAGCUAUUCACUUUGGACCGCCAGGGAGAGAGAAGAUCAAUCUCAACGUCGAUUCGUUGUGGUCGGGCGGGCCAUUUGAAGUCGAUGGCUACACCGGAGGCAAUCCUUCAUCACCUAAAUUUCAAUAUCUCCCGGCGAUCCGUGAUCGAAUCUUCACAAAUGCCACUGGAGAGAUGGAGGAGUUGAUGGGCAGUGGGAGCCAUUUCGGAUCGAACCGUGUCCUAGGAAACCUCACCAUACAGUUUGACGGACUCGAUGAAUAUUCUGACUACCGCCGAAGCCUUGAUAUGAAAACAGGCAUCUAUGAAACUUCAUUCGCCUCUAAAGAUGGAGGCAGCAAGUUCAUAUCGUCUGUCUUCUGUUCCUAUUCGGACCAGGUCUGCGUAUACUUCCUAAAGGCGAACACCCGACUCCCAAACAUUAAAAUCGGCAUUGAGAACAAGCUGGUGAAGCAGGAUCUAAUCAAGACCACCUGUAAAAAUGGUAUGGCACUCCAUACUGGCAUGACUCAGACUGGCCCACCGGAGGGAAUGAAGUAUGCUGCUGCAUUGAGCGUUGAUAGGAGCCUUGGCACUGUUACUUGUCUGAAUGAUGGGCAAAUCAUAGUUAAGCCCAAAAACAAGCGUAUGGCUAUUUUCUGGGCUGCCGAGACCAACUAUGAUCAGAAGGCCGGGAAUACAGAUGACGGGUGGGCAUUCAAAGGACCUGAUCCAGUUCCAAGAGUCAAGAAGGCAUCAAAGACAGCUGCUACCAAGGGGUACGCUAAACUACGAAAAGUCCAUGUAGAAGACUUUAAGAAGCUUGAGGAGGCUUUCACUCUCAAUCUUCCCGAUACACAGAACUCAAAAGACGUCGAGACUGCAGACCUCAUCCAGGCAUACAAGUACGAUGGGCCAGGCGACCCAUUUCUUGAGGGUAUCCUUUUUGACCUUUCACGUUAUCUACUCAUCACGUCAUCCCGCGAGAACUCUCUUCCCGCCAAUCUUCAAGGUCGAUGGACAGAAUUGCUCCAAGCGGCAUGGGGAGCUGAUUACCACGCAAAUAUCAACCUGCAAAUGAACUACUGGGUUGCUGAUCAGACAGGACUGGCAGCAACUCAGAAAUCUGUCUGGAAUUACAUGACUGACACGUGGGUGCCCAGAGGCACAGAGACAGCCAAGCUGCUCUAUAAUGCCACAGGUUGGGUGGUUCACAACGAGAUGAAUAUAUUCGGUCAUACCGCUAUGAAGGAGGUCGCUGGCUGGGCAAACUAUCCCGUUGCGCCUGCUUGGAUGAUGCAGCAUGUCUGGGAUGCUUUUGACUACACCCAGGACAAAAAAUGGCUUUCCAGCCAAGGGUAUCCGCUCAUCAAGGGGGUUGCCGAGUUCUGGGUUUCUCAGCUCCAGGAAGAUGCCUAUACUGAGGACGGCUCACUAGUUGCCAUUCCCUGCAAUAGUGCUGAGACAGGUCCUACGACAUUUGGUUGUGUUCACUAUCAGCAGUUAAUUCACCAGGUACUAGAUUCAACACUCAUCGCAGCCGAUAUCGUCUCUGAGCCUGACUCAGACUUUGUUGAUAGCGUAUCAUCAACUCUCAAGCGAUUGGAUAAAGGUCUACACUUUGCAUCUUGGGGAGGUCUGAAGGAAUGGAAGAUACCAGAAAAGCUCGGGUACGACAAGCCCAGUACGCAUCGACAUCUAUCUCACCUGAAUGGCUGGUUCCCAGGCUACUCCAUCUCCUCCUUCGCAAACGGCUACGUCAAUGAGACAAUACAGGAUGCAAUAAGGAAGACGCUCAUUUCACGUGGAAUGGGCAACGCAGAAGAUGCCAAUGCGGGCUGGGCCAAGGUCUGGCGAAGUGCCUGUUGGGCUCGUCUGAAUGACACAGAAAAGGCCUACGAUCAUCUCCGCUAUGCUAUUGAACAAAACUUUGUUGGUAAUGGACUCAGCAUGUAUUCGGCUAGGAAUCCCCCUUUCCAGAUUGAUGCCAAUCUUGGAUUUGGUGGCGCUGUCUUGAGUAUGCUUGCCGUUGACAUACCGCUGCCGCAUGGCUCGAAGGGUAAGCGAACGGUGAUUUUGGGACCAGCCAUUCCUUCGCAAUGGGGCCCUGGAAAUGUUAAAGGGUUGCGAAUACGUGGAGGUGGCGUGGUUGAUUUUGAAUGGAACGAGAAGGGCCUGGUAACCAAGGUCAAUGUCAAGUCCAAAAGCCUUGACAAGAGUGUUCUUCUGGUUAAUGUUGGAGGCACUCAUUUAGGAGACCUUUGA